CUCCCCAUUCCAUUCACGGUAUCCCGACCCUCUAUCUACUUUAGUCCCCUUCAUCACUACGCCCAUGCGCGGCUCGUUCCGUGGUUAAUUUCAGCGCUCAAGAGGUCGGCUCUCCCUACCGAACCCGGUGACUUCUCCCGAGCAGCUUGACGUGACUAUUUGCUAUUUGUCUUGAAAGAACCGAGUACAUACAUACAUACACCCACCCAUCCCUCCAUCCGUCUUGCAUAUAUAUUGGUGGCGGCCUUCUCAUCCGAUCGCAACCCUCCCCUCCCCUCCCUCACCAACCUCUCAUCCGAUCCCUCCCCCCGCGCCAACCGCCCAAAUGGUGCUCCCCAAACCCAACUCCAGCUUCGCCUCGAACCGGCUCCUCCGCAGCGACCACAUCGGGACGAGCCUGCUCUCGAACUUCCGCAAGAGUAGUGCCGAGCGACCCAACCCGACCCCGAAACCCGAGCCCGCGACGGACGACGAACCCCUCAGCUCCACCGACGACGACAGCAAGAUCGGUGAUAGCGAUGACUCGGACACUGCGACUGCGACCGCGACCGCGACCCGACGACCCCGGGUCUCCAGGCCCAGCUUGGAGGAGAAGCUCGCUAAGGGGUCGGACGGUGGGAGGACGCCACGCGCGUCGCGACAAAGGAACCAGACAAAGAACGCGACCUCGUCGCCGGCGCUGAGCCAUAAGAGGUCGUCGCGGGAGAUGGCCGGUGCCGGGGACGGGGACAGGGACGGGGAUGGCAGGGACAGCGAGGAGGAGAAUGUCUUGUUCUCCUCGAUACGGGAUCUGGAUCGCGGGCAUAAGCGCCGGAAACCGACCGUGGGGUAUCAGUCCCGGAGGUCGUUUGGGGAGGCGUCGACGAGAGUGACGGAGGAGCGAGAGCGGGAGGAGCAGUCGGCGAGUGAGAAGGAGGGCAAGGCGAAGAAACCGGUGAAGAAGAACAAGAAUAAGAGCAAGAAAAAGGAGGAGGAGAAGGAGAAAAAAGAGGAGGAACAGACCCCGAAACCCCAAUUCAAGGUCCCCAGGGAGAUUGAUGAGGCGCGCAUAUUUAAGCAGUCCAACGACAUGAUCUCGAGCUCGUCGUACGCUCCUUCAUCCGCCCGCGACGCGAUGGUCUUCGACUACGACGACGACGACGACUCCUCGGUCGGAACGCCCCUCAGCACCGCCUCAUCUACACUGAUGCACGAGCUUGAAGAUGCCGCGAAGGACGCCGAGCCCGUCCUCACAGAGCCGUCCGUGUGUCCGUGGUGCAAAGCGCCCGUGGACCCCGGCCUGCUGCUGCAAUUCCGGGCGCAGCCCAAACAGCGCCUCCGCGAGCAGCAGCGCUUCUGCGACUCGCACAAGCAGUCCUCCGCCGAGCAGGAGUGGAAGGAGAAGGGCUAUCCGACCAUCGAUUGGGAGGGGUUCGACGCGCGCAUCGAGCGCCACUUCGCCGACUUGGAGAAGGUCAUGGUCCCCGAUAGCAAGUCGUUCUACCGCAAUAUCCUCGAUGGGAAUCUCAAGUCCGGACAGGCGAAAAACUUCCGGCUUACGCUCGAUGGCGAGGGGCUGGAGAAUAUCUCCUGUGGGUAUUAUGGGACUAGGGGCGCGGGGAAAAUGCUGCAAGCCAUCACGACGCGCUACGCCCGGAAACUCCGGCGGCUCGCAGCUGACGACCAUAUCGUCAAGACGGCCGGGGUGGUCGGCUACGCGCAAGCGGUGCUGGUGCCGGAGUUGGCGGUCAGGCUGGUCAAGGAGGAUAUGGAUGUCACCGAUGAGGCCGCGCGACAGAUCCUGCGCGAGACAAUUGAUAUUGGCGAGAAGCUGAACUUUGCGCUGAAUGACCGGGUGCCGGUGCCUGUGCCUGAGGAGGAGGAGUGAUCAUUUCAGAGUGACUGGGCUAGGAGUAUAUUAUUAUGGCUGUCUGUCUUUCUUUCUUGUUUGAUUCUGGGCUCUAUAUCCCUUGCUUAUUGACCGGCUGGCCGAGUUGCAGAGUGUAUAUAACCCGCAGUACGGCGCAGUACCUGUACUAGGUAGUAUUCUUGAGAAGUGAUACCUGACUGAGAAGUUGAG